GGUUGGCCAGCUAGAAAUGACGACACACAUGUGCGGAAGCAUUUCAGCAGAGAUGUGUACUUUUGUUAGGCAGCACAAACAAUCUCUGAUAUUUUACAACAUUAUCAGAUGUUAUUGUAUGAAUUCUGAUUAUUUAAUCUAAUCAAUGACAAACUAGCAAAGCAAUCAAGACACUAUCAAAAUGUCUGCCACUUGCAACUGUACCGAGCAUGUCAGCAAACUCAACCAGCAGAUAUCUGUCAUGCGAAAAGAAAUCAAGAAUCUCAGGCAAUUGUUGGACAGUGCUGUUCGUUCUCAUCGAAAACACAUGACAUCUCUUCAGUCUGCUUUGACACACAUUGGCCAGAGUCGAUCUCCAAAGAGUCAGCCAAGGCCACAGGCAGAACUGGAGACACAGAAUUCACUUGAGAAAGGGACCAUCCAGACAGUCCCCAUAGGUUACAUCAGCUCCUGUUUCUCAGUGAAGAAUGGCACCCCCAGACAGCCAACCAUAUGUGGGCCCUCCAGGGCCACCCUUCAGAUCCAGCAGAGUGUCUUCAACAACCCUGAACACUCACUGGUCGGCCUGGACAACUACUCUCAUGUCUGGGUCAUCUUCCUGUUCCAUAAGAACGGCCACCUGAGUUAUAAGGCCAAGGUGAAGCCCCCCAGACUGAACGGCCAGAGGGUUGGGGUGUACUCCACACGUAGCCCCCACCGGCCCAACGCCCUGGGUCUGACCCUGGCCAAGCUGGACAGAGUCACAGGUGACACACUUCAUCUGAGUGAGAUAGACAUGAUCGCAGGCACCCCUGUCCUCGAUAUCAAACCCUACAUCUCUGACUAUGACUCCCCACACAGUAGAGUGGACAUGGACACAGAUACUUAUGACUGUGGUGUCCAACCUGAGAGCACCAGUGUACCAUCAGAAGAGGGGACCACCAGUGUACCAUCAGAAGAGGGGACCACCAGUGUACCAUCAGAAGAGGGGACCACCAGUGUACCAUCAGAAGAGGGGACCACCAGUGUACCAUCAGAAGAGGGGACCACCAGUGUGGAGACGCUGCAUUCAGACUCAGUAGCUUCGUCCUCCUGUACUGUUGAUCCCCAGUUGGACUUGGGGGUUGAGAGACGGGAUAGUCACAGACGGGAUAGCACAGACCCCAGAAUACUCCACUCAAAAGACACAUCCAAAGUUCACAUCCUCCAUCCAGGCGAUGCCUCCAGCUCUUCUGCUCCGAAAGCCCUGGACAAAGACAUCACCACUGUGCUGGGGGAGCUCAAGGCCUACAUCAGCGAGGGACAUGACCCCCUCACCCUGGGGAGGUCUGUAGGAAAGUCUCAGGCUUCAGAUGGCCCUAAAGCCAAGGCAUUGGAUCCAGUGGAGGAUAGUGCUAGGCCUUGCUAUGGGGAAGAGGCCUACAGCACCAUCGCUGGCUGGAUCAGGGAGCCUCCUGUGACCAGUCUGGAGGUGCGCUUCACACCCCAUGCAGAGAGAGAGCUGGGGGAGUUCCUUGCCCCCAUCAAUACAGAAUCUUGUGAUCGACCCAGGUUCCGGUUCCUGCGUGGUCCGAAAGAGGCUGCUGCCGCCAUCAGAGGGGUUCUAUCUGCUGACCCCAGGUCAGUGUAUCGGAGGAGCCGCUGUAAGGACAGACUCUUCUUCUUCACCUUGGACACGGCAGACAUCACCUGCUGGUUCGGACAGGGUUUCGCUGAGGUGCUCCGGGUCAGACUCGUGGCUGUUGGAAAAGAACUGGCCAGCUGAAUGGUUCAGGUUCUGUAUGAUCCUAAUGGUUCUGGUUCUAUGGAUUGAUUUUGGAAUCAGCUCUCAAUAAUUGUUUUACAGGUGAAUCUGAGAAAAUAUGAAUAUUUAACUAAAUAAAUGCAAUGUUAUAAACAACUGUUAUUAAAAAUGUUUUUAAAAAUGUUCCUGUGAUGGUAGUGCUUGUUGAAAUGGUUGGUUAUACCGUAUAAUCGUAACACUUUAUUUUACUAAGUAAGUUACAUUAUAGAGCAUUUAUUCCAAGCACCUGUAGGCUGGGAGAGAGCACCUCAGUACACUGCACUGCACACUAUCACUUAUCAGAUGGAAUCUUUACGGUUGAGUUCUGUUUAGUAAUGGUAGUGAACAUACCUUUACUAUCUAAGUUAGAUUGUUGCACAGUUUUAAUAUCGACUCCGCUAUGAUAGGAUAUGGAUUCCAAAAUUGCUUCCAGUAUUUCCCUUGACCUUUGUCAACCUCUCAGUUUUAGUAAUCCAAUGUCCAGUACAAAGUUUUUUAAACCCAGGGAUUUAUAUUGGGAACUUAAUUGCCAUCUGUCUAUAUCCAGUGUGACGACAGUCUGUGGGAUUGGUCAACUUGUCAUUGUUGGAUGGAGUGGAGUGGUGGGCCUUUCAUUGUCUGGCAUAGAUUUACUACUAGAACCACUCCCCUUUCCAAUAGCAACAGCAAAUCGCUCUUUCACACUACUACUUUGUAUUCUUGUGAGAGUGUGAGAGAGAGUUGGAGGCUCGGAGUAACACACACACAGUGGGUAUUUUCGUUUGAGGAGACGCUGUUUUUAGGGUCAGCAAAUUACAACAAAUUAAUAGUGUGUUGUUAAAUCGGAUGUAAAGAGUUCACUGAACAGAGAAAACAACUACGCCUUCACCAGUUGAUUUGAAUUGCCUAAUGGGACCACUGAAUCCCCACCGGGCUAUGUUAAAGGCUGACUUCAUCCUCCAAGCACUGGACUAUGACUGUGUCGACAAGCACGAUCACAUGGUGCUGUGGUACGCGGCUCAGGUAGGUAACGGUCCUAUCAAUGACCUGUCUGCAUUAAAACGUUAAUACCAAUCAUCGAGUGGGACAGAUGCAUUGAGGUGAGGAUUAGAUGCAGAUGAGACACCUGACAUUUCUGUAUACAACUUGUCUUGGAAUGUUUUGUAUUUUGUAUUAAAAUAAAACAAAUACUGUUUUGUGAAUAAAAUUACUAAA